AUGGCGGAGGCCAUGGAGAAGCUGUUGAAGUUGCAGGAAGACUACAAUAAAAAGAACCGGCUCCGGGUUCUCAUCCUCGGCGGCUCGACCUUCGUUGGCAGAACGUUGGUCCGGAACAUCUUGAAAGAAGUCCAUCAUUAUCAACUGCAACUAUGUCUGGGUCCUCUGGAAACUUGUGCUGCGGGGAAGGGAAUACUUAGUGAAAGCACUGUAAUGCGCUGCCGAGCAUGACAAGUUUUGCUGUGGUUCUGAGUUGCGUACUCUGCAUGAGAAACUGCGCUUUUGUAUGACAGGCAAGAGGAGCUCUUCGCGGCCACGCAAUACAGAGUUCAGAGUCAUGCCCGACUAGCAUGACAAAUCUCGCAAUCUCCCAGACCCAGACAUGCUUGCAGUGCAUAAUCAUUUGGACUUGGCGAUUCUGAAUCGCGGCCGGAAGUAUUGGGAUGGCGACUGGCAGGGCGCAUUUCCGCCGACGAAGGAGAACAUUCAUGAAACAAUAUCGUAAGGAAAAAUCCCCCCUCCCCAUAUCGAAAAGGCAUCCUUUUGAAAAUUUGUGAUGCUGAUUUGCGGCCACAAAUCAGGUCUGUCUUGCAAGAGAGCAAAGCCCGAGCUUCCUCCGCUUUACGCCGGCGAUUUGUAAUGCUGCUGCGCUAACAGGGCAGCCGUCUGCCUCUGCCAUGCUGAGCGCCCACUUCCAGCCAGCCCCUUCCAGGCUUUGCAUCUGCCUGCAGUCCUCUAGGGCAAUGCAGAGCUGAUUUGCGUACACAAAUUCCGCAACACAGAUUGCCAUUUUGAUAUGGGGAGCGGGAAUUCUUUCUUUUGAUAAACAAACACGCUGAGGAUCUUCCCCGGGGAUCGGCGGAAGAUGAAAGGGAAGCCUUUUCAGGACAUCAUCGCCAAACUUACGAUCGAAGAUAAAACCCGCUUUUAUUACGAUGAGGUGCUGGACUACAUCGCAAAAACUCAUGGGGCGGGAGAUGAAAAUGGAAAUGACAAUGGAAAUCAAAAUCCCUCGUCAUCUAUCAAAUGCAAAAGUGUCUGGGUCUGGAAACUUGUGAUGCUAAAAGUGAAUGGUAGACGGACUGCAAUACGCGGUAUGCAUGACAAAUUUUCCGGCUCCCAUGUCUUACGUAUUCCGCAUAGCAAACUGCGUUUUUGCAUGACAGGUAAGAGGGCCUUUUCGUGCCUAUGCAAUACAGAUUCUCAAGUCAUGCCAGACAAGCAUGACAAACUUGCAUUCUUCCAGACCCAGACAUUUUUACAGUUGAUAUCAUCCAGUUGUGCGGAUCAUAAUGGGAAAAAGACCACCAACAUGAUCUCGUCAACCAAUCCAUCUGAUCCAUCUGAUCAUGGGAAAAUGACUAGUGCAGCUGCUUCUAGUUCAUCAUCAUCAUCAUCAGCAGGUGCUCCUGCUCCUCCGCAGGACAGCAUCAACAAGAAAAAGCCGUUUUGGGACGUGAUUGUGGAUUUCUGUUGUUUCCAAGAGUCAGAAUUUCAAGACGUCAUGAAGGGGUUGUACUUGGCCGGGAAAUUGGUUUGUGACGAGAGGUGGAGCCUAGAAAAAGAGAAAAGGGAAAACCACAGAGUUCACCCCCAGGUGGUGUGGGAUCACGCGAUAUGGAUUGCAAAAGUGUCUGGGUCUGGAAGAUUGCAACUUGUCAUGCUAAAUCCGAUUCGUGCAGAAAUCUGUGUUGCAUGAGUGCCAAAACCUUUCCACUUUCGACCAAGUUGGGAGGGAGUUUCUCAUGCAGGAUAGGCAUGAAAGAGACCUCAGAGACUCUGUCAUGCUAGGUCCCGCAUUCCAGAGCUCAAAGGUCAUGACAAACCUGCAUGACAAGUUCACACUCUUCCAGACCUAGACAUUUUUGCAUUUCAUACGCGAAACAAGCCAACGUCGUUUCCGACAACUUUCCCCCGGAAGCCUUCGUCAGUUAUGCAAGAAAAAAACUAUGUAAGUGUAAAUCUGUGAUGCAAAAAAUGCAAAACAGUUACACUUGUCAUGCUGAGUGUGCGUAAUAGGCCACUUUCCUACGUAUUUGCACGUACUAGCUGCGCAUGACAGGUUUUUCCUGUAAUGCAAAGCGAAUUUGUGAUGCUGCUCAUUCUACAAGGUUACACUUACACAGUUUUUUUCCUGGAUAUCAGUCAUUACAUCUUCAUUUCCACGGAUUCCGUGUAUGAGGUGUGCGGUCUCGAAAAGUGCGCAAAGGAAAGAAUCGCGAUCGAACGGCUCUUAUGAACUGCAAAAGUAUCGUAGUGCUAGUAGUAAUGGCAAUACAAAUUAGCUCAGCAUGACAAAUGGAAUUUGUCAUGCUGUUUUGAUGCCUUGGGAUAAAGAUUUGUAAAUGCAUGACUGCGAUUAGGAUUACUACGAGUGCGAUGCUUUUGCAGGUCAUAGCUUUUACCCAAGAAGGACGUGGAGAAUUAUUACAAGUGGAAAUUUUCGGAUGCGAAGCUACUGCAUAGUAUCCUGAGUAAAAACGUACCCACACCAGAGUUGUAAUGCAGAUUUGCAAAGACAGGAAGACUUGUAAUGCGCAUCCCCAUGAGAGCCAUUCCCAGUCGUGUUUUGGAAUUUGUGAUGCUGUGAACAGGAUGAGCAGAUGAAUCUGUGACGCGGCUGCACUUGCUAACCUGCACUACACUGCAUAGCGCAACUUGUCAUGCGUGACUCACAAAACUCCUAGGUUUGUGUUGCAAAAUCCUCAUCCUGACUCUGGUGUGGGUACGUUUUUACUCAGGAUAAGGACUACGACUACUUCAACAUCUGGGGCGGGUAAGAGCGACAGCAAGCAGAGCCUUGGCGGAAAAGCAGAAGUGGAGCACGGUAGUUCAAGUUCAACAACAUCAGUUAUGGAUUGUAAAAAUGUCUGAAUCUGGAAGGACGCGAACUUGUCAUGCUAAGUCUGGAUAGUGCAUAAAUUUGUGUUGCAUGAUUGCCAAUAAAAAGUGUCCACUUUUGAACAAGUUUAGAGGCAGUUUGUCAUGCAGGAUAGACAUGAUAGAGACUUUGAAGAAUCUUUCAUGCUAGGUCCUGCAUUGCAGACCUCAUGGGGCAUGGAGAAUAUGCAUGACAAGUUUGCAAUCUUGCAGAGCCAGACAUUUUUACAUUUGAUAUCAGUAGCGAAAAUAUUAGAUCCAGACGCGAGAAAAACGGCGAUUUAUGAUCUUCCAGAAAUGGGUAUCAAAUGUAAAAAUGUCUGGGUCUGGAAGAAUUCAUGUUUGUCAUGCUUGUCUGGCAUGACUCUUCAAUCUGUCAUGCACGUUACGCAAGAGCUCCGCUUUUCUGUGAUGCAGAAGCGCAGUUUGUCAUGCAGAAUAGGCAACACCUAGGAGCUCAGAAAGUUGUCAUGCUGAGCCAGCAUUUGUAACCUCAUCACGAGACGCUACCCAGCAUCACAAGUUCCCAGACCCAGACAUUUUUACAUUUGAUAAUGGGCUCUAUCAAGGAAAUGGACGGGCGGCGGCCCUCUAUGCAUUGCAGAUGUGUCUGGGUCUGGAAAGAAUGGGAUUUGUGAUGCUAGCUGUCGAUCACACAGAAAUCUGUAUUGCAUGAGAGGCAACAGCCCCUCAGAUUGUUGCCACUCAAAGAGGGCAUUUCUCAUGCAGAAUAGGCAUGAGCAAACCUUUCCGAAAGCUGUGAUGCUACAGAAUGCAUCACAGGCAUCAGAGGCCAUGUACAAUUUGCAUGACAAACUCUUCCAGACCCAGACAUAUUUGCAUUUGAUACCCUCCACCAUGUUCCAACAGUACACUGCGCAGCUGCGGCAGAAUCGCAUUUUGGGGGCGCACAAGCAGGAGCUGAAGGAUGGCUGGCGGCAGAGCUGUAGGGCGAUGAAAAUUGCGGAUAGGUUGGAGGACAAGGAGGGAAAAUUCUUGAAAGAAGAAUUAGAAUUCGAAGCGAAGACCGCAAGACUGAAUGAACGACAGCAGGACAUUGGAUACGCGAUGCCGUUGAUACAAGACCCGGAGGUGGCGAAAAUAUCAACUGCAAAAAUGUCUGGGUCUGGAAGAUUGCCAGGUUUGUCAUGCAUAUUUUGAAUGAUCCAUGAUGUCUGUGAUGCAUGCGCUAGCGUCACAGAUUUUUCGAGGGCUUUGUGAUGCCUCUAUCACAUGAGAAACAUCCUCUCCGCGUAGCACAAAGUGGAGUCCUCUUGCUGGUUAUGCAACACAAAUCUUUUUAGAAUCCAGAGACAGCAUCACAAGUUCAGAAACUUCCAGACCCAGACAUAUUUGCAUUUCAUAGAAAAGGUUGGAAAGCAAGUGGAACGACAUGGACGAUAUGCAUAGUACAAAUUACACGUCCGGGUCGUGGUCUCCCGGAUUUCUGAUGCAAGAGUUGGAGCACAACAAGUAGAGCUGUGAUGCACGAAUAGGAGUGCAGGUGCACAGCGUUUUUGUCGUGCCGCUGAGCAGUGGUAUAGUUUGUAAUGCUGCGCGCGAAUGAGAAUUUGCAAGAGAACAAAACGGCCUUGCAAAUAAACUUGUCAUGCUGUUAUGCCAUGUACAGGUUGCUUCACUCGUCUGCAAUGCAAGCAUCAGCAACACAGACUUGCUCCAGAGGGCCCAGACAUUCAAUUUGCAGUGCAUAACCAACUACGGACACAAGAAACUCCGAGUCGAGGAAGCGAUGGUGAAGUUGACGCUUAAGGGAAACGCAUGCUCUGCUUCCUCCCUAUCCUGUGCAAAAGUAUCGUACUAGUAUGAAUUGCAUUACAAAUUAGCCCAGCAUUACAAAUUGAAUUUGUGAUGCUGAUUUACCUUGAGAAGGAGAUUUGUAAUGCAUACAGGCAAUUACUACGAGUGCGAUGCUUUUGCAUUUGAUACUUUCAUCAGCCUCAGGACAAAAGCGUCAAUUUUGACAUGAAGCUGAACAAGAACGACGAAACCUACUUCUGGACGGCGUUGCGCGUCCCGGAUAUACUAGGUCCGUACGACGACACCAACCGGCUGUUUAAGUACUGGCUGGCUUUUUUCGUGUAUCGCUCGAAAAAAGUGUUUCACUGUAAGGAAGGAUUGUGCAUCAAGUUCUGCAUCACAAGUUCGUUACACAUGACAAAGAAAAUUUUCCAUGCGACCCUCCUAAGGGAAAACACGGCUGAAAAUGAAAAUCCAUUGUCUUGUAUGUGUAGCAAGACAAAAGCUUCUGUGUUUCAUUUUCUGCAUUACAAGUUUUGUUUACAGUGAAGCAGUUUUUUCUUGCGAUAUCGCGGUGGAGGACAUUCAGUUUAACAAGGCGGAGAAAGAGGAUCCCGUGGCGGGUAUGCAUUGCAAAAGGGUCGCAGGCUAGUGGAAGUUGCAUGACAAAUUUUGACAAGGAGAGAAUCGCAAUUAUUGUAAUGCUGAAUAAGGUGCACAGGACGAGGUUUGUAAUGCUGUGCUGCAGUGGUUCCUUCAAGUGCGAAGAUCCUUUUGCAGAGCAUAGCCGUGGUGUUUUCCGAGGACAUGGCGAAAUUCAUUCAGGAUUUAGUCAUCGAUGUCCGCUUCCGCAACAUGCCCCGCGAUUUCGUGCCCGGGGGGACGGUCGUGAAGGUUGGCGCCUGCGGCUGGAAGCAGGAGUUGCAGCGCUUUUGGACGAAGGGCGACAGCAGAGUGGACAAACCUUGGACCGCUGGGUGCGGACUCGGUGCGUUAAAUUUCGGGUGCGAGGAACAGGUUCCGUUGGAGCAACACGUGCGGCUGUUUCUAUUACAAUGAAAAAUGCCCCCACCCCGGAAUUCGUGCAAGUUUCUCAUGCAUAAGGUUUUCAAAUGAAAAUCUUUUUAUCUAUGCAUGAAAGGACUCCGAGUCUUUCUGGUGCAGAACCUAGACUACGCAAGCUAUCUUUUGCAUAACAGAUCCGGCUGCUGUUGGGCUCCUGUGCAACACAAAUUUGAACUAUUGAGCAUUGGAAAUUUGUGAUGCUGACAUAUGCAAGACCGAGAAUGGUUCCAUUGGAAAGGCGGGUUGCAAGACAAAUGCUGCCAAGUUCUGGGGUGGGGGCAUUUUUCACUGUAAUAGUUUCGGGAGAUCGUUUUGAACGAUGGUUGUGAAAGAAGUUUUGCCUGUUUCCAGGGACGAAGAGAAGCAGAGGCACCCGCCGAGCUCACGGGUGUUGACACAACAGACCAAGUGCACCAGUUGGAAAAACAAAUUUUGCCUGCUGGUUCUUCUGAAAGCAGUCCGGGCUCUUCUCACUCCUCUGCUGCGGAACAAAAUGUUGUGUUGCAGAAACGACAGAAAACCACCACAGAUGUUGAGGCGAACAAGAACCAGGAGCGGAAAACUCACGACGAGAAACCGGGAGGUAGUAGUGGUACAACUAUUAGAGCUCCUCCUGAAGUUGUAGCAGAGAGCAGCAGCACGCAUCAUCCUCUCGACGAGAAGAUGAAAGAAGGUGAAAAUAAAGACGUCGCCGGGCCGCGGGGCGGGUUUACUCCGGAUAACAGAGUUAGGUUCCAACCAGCGCAUGAUCCUUGCCUCGAGAAGAUAGAGAAAAUAAAAGCAGCAAGAAAGAAAGAAGCCGCGCAGCGAGAAAUCGAGGAGAAGAGAGUCAUAUUGAACAAAAACUACCUCCUAUGGAGAGAAAAAAGUUUGUCACAGUCACUAACUUGCAGGUUUUGCAUUACAAAUUUUCUCAGCAUCACAAACUUUCCUUGUAUUGCAGAAACACUAGGGAAAUGCCUAAUGAAGUAUGGCUGUGAUGCAUUUUUACGCAUGACAAACAAUUUUGUAUUGCAAGAAUGCGCAUGAGUGAUCGUGACGAAUUUUUUUUCUUUGAUGCCUCCCUUCUGUUUCCCGCCGGACGAAGCCGCUGGAUUUCGAGAAACUUUCUCAGUACUUGCACGAAGUGUCCUUUUCCGGAAAAGUGCACCAGUUGCCGAUCAGUUCCGACGUCGACGAGAAGACUUCCAGCUUGGAACACGUUUACCGAAAAUGCCACGAGUUCUAUCCUGAGGAAAAACGUGGUGUCGCCCACAGGUGGGAAAUCUGCUAGAAAAAUUAGCCAGCUUUGCUUGUUUCGCAUGACAAACUUGGGCUCGCAAUGUAGUCGCAUGACAAAAAAUUUGGGCUCGCAGCAUCACAGAUCUCGGGCGCAGUGCUGAUCCCUUCGGGUAUCGCAAAUCUCAAAUCACCACUAGAAAAUGCUUCUCAUGGGUCUUUGCAUAAGCAUGCAGAUGUGCAUUACAACUCUGGGGAGGUGGGGCUUUUUUCCUCCGGAUAAGUUUUACAAGAAAGUGGUCGACCGGGCGAUUGUCGAAGUUGAGGAUUACAGAAAUGGAAAAAUAUGCGUUGCAAAAGUACUAUCAUACUCGUAGUUUUUGAUUGCAAUCGUGCAUGACAAACCUUCAUCCUAAGCUAAAUCAGCAUGACAAAAAAAUUCCGUUUUGUCAUGCUGAGAAUUAGUUUGUGAUGCAAUUUCUCCUACGUACGAUAGUACUUUUGCAAAAAUGUUGCAUAAAAAAGACGCGACAGUAAGAACAGUGACUUCAUCGGCGAUUUCUACGAAAGCUUCGUAGAUGCGCGGAAAGGCCUGCCCUUCCGUGUGCGGGAGGAGUUCGAAAGGUUAGCGUUUGAGGAUGGAGGAGGGACAAAGGAUGAUAAUGAUGAUCAUCUUGCGAGAGAAAAACGACCGGGGGACGAGAAGGAAAAACCGGGGGACGAAAAGGAAAAACCGGCGGGGAAGAAGGAUGUGGUGAUGGCAGAUGCUCUUGCGGGUGGAUGUGGAAAGGAGGAUUUUGAGAAAACCAAAGCAAAGGUGUUGAAGCUGUAUAAGAUGAUGGAAGAGCUUGAGAAUGAGUCAAGCAGCGAUUCUAACUCAAGUCACGACAGCGAAUCAUCUUCGGGAUGAUUAUACAUGAGAUUUGCUGAUGAAGAAAACUAGGUAGAGCAGGACUACGUAGUGCGUAACAGAUUGCCCGACUCUGAAGAAGACUUUGCUUUUACAUUCUCUUACUAUCUUUGCAAGGAAAGGUGUGCUUUAGGUAGACGACCAAAUGUCUUCAUCCAUGAUGUGAACAACACAAAAUCUUGUUUUGUGAGGUCUCUCUGAAUGCAGAAGCGAAAUAAAAAACCCAUUACCCAUAAAAAAUCGCCGACCUGCCGGUCUACUUACUUACAGGCACAGUAGAUGCAGC